AUGGACAUCGAAGCCAACCCAGAAAACCAAAUCCCAGCACCUGCUUUUGACCCAGCUGAAAUCCCUAGAGUACCAGCACCCCAUCCCCCAGACUAUGACCACUGGUUUGACGACCAUAUGAGCUACCCAGAACUUCACCCACAAGACCAACCCAUCCAAAACCCAGUAGCACCCUACCCAAAGCUUGACCCUCUAGAUCCUUACUGGGAUAAUGACCAAUACAUUAGGGAAAUUCUAGAGAACCCGUACCCUUACGAAGAACCCAUGCCACAAUACCCAGACCCGAUACCAGCACCCGCACCACCCAUGAGCACUGAGAAUAUGCAAGAGCUCCGAACCUUUGGUGAGGAGAUAUUAGAAGGAAGUGAGAGGAUGAGACAGAUAGGGGAAAUACUCAUCUGGAAAUAUGACGAGCGCAACAUGCAAUACUGGAUGAACCCAUAUCAAAGAUAG